UUACAUUUCCUAGAGCGUAUAGAACUUUGCUUAUUGCAAACUCGCGACAAUCAGAAUCUUAUGAUGCAGUCGUGAUAAAAUCUAUAGAAGCUUUUUUCAUUCAUAAUAAUAUUAAUAUCAGUUAGUAAAAUUUAUGUUUGCACAGAGCUUUUUUCCCUAUUUCAAUAAAUUGAAAGGUCUCUAAUGUAGACAUUUCUAUUCUGUUUGUUAGUCUUGUCAUAACCUAAAUCUACUAUGUACCGACAAGUUUGUGUUUUGAAAAAUAAUUCUUCGCAACUAUGCCAAUUACAGCAAUUGCGUUCAAUAAGUCAAACUUUAGAGAAGGUCUCAGAUGAAAAUUCAGCCCGAAAGCAGGAAUGGGAACAAGCCAAGCCAUUUAAGGCUAUUCCAGGGCCAACAAAAUAUGAAUUUAUUCGUAGUUUUUUCCCAGGCGGAAUGUUUUAUAAAAUGCCAAUUUAUGAUUUCAUUUAUAAGACCCGUGAAAUGUAUGGAGAUUUGUAUGUCCUGUCAGGGUUUUUCGGAGGACCGAAUACCUUAAUGGCAUUUAAUCCGGAUGACUUUCUAACUGUACUUCGAGCUGAGGGGGUUUGGCCACAUCGAAGGGGACUUGCAACAAUGAAAUAUUAUAGGACAGUUCAUAGAAAAGAAGAAUUUGGAGAUGUUAUUGGUCUAAUAGGAUCGAACGAAGAAGAUUGGGGAAAAUUACGGAGUACUGUUAAUCCAAUUUUGAUGCAACCCAAGAAUGCCAAAUUGUAUUUGAAUAAUAUGUUGGAGGUCAAUGAUGAAUUUCUUCAAAGAAUUCGAGAGAUUCGUGAUCCAAAAACCUUAGAAAUGCCUGAAAGUUUCGAGGACGAAAUCAAUCGCUUAACUUUUGAGUCUGUUGCUGUGAUUGCCUUAAAUCGUCAGCUCGGUCUAAUUCGCAAGAAUCGAAAUGAUGAAGAAGCCAAAUUAUUAUUCGAAAGUCUUCGAAGUUUUUUCGAACUAUCACUCGUACUGGACUUUGGACCGUCAAUAUGGAAAUACUACAAAACGAAACAAUUUCAUCAGCAAAUGAAAAAUUAUGAUAUACAAAGAGAAAUUAGCACAAAAUACAUAAAUGAAGCAAUCGAAAGAAUUGAAAAUGAUAAAACUCCAAGAAAAGAUAACGAAGAAAAAAGUGUUUUGGAGAAACUGCUUAAAAUAGAUAAAAAAGUUGCUAAGGUUAUGGCUUUAGAUCUGAUGACUGCUGGAGUUGAUACAACAAGUAGUACUUUGGCUGGCAUUCUACUUGCUAUUGCUAAAAAUCCAGAUAAACAAGAAAAACUACGUCAAGAAAUUUGUACAAUUCUACCACAGAAAGAUUCUCGUCUAACAAUCGACAAUAUGAAGAAUCUACCAUAUCUUCGAGCUUGUAUAAAAGAAGGUAUGCGAAUUUAUCCAAUUGGUGGUGGAACAAUACGAACAAUCAAAGAAGAUAUUGUUAUGAGUGGAUAUCAGAUUCCGAAGGGUCAAGAAAUUAUUCUCAGUCAUAAUAUUAUGUUGAACACUGAACAGUUCUGCCCCAAAGCCAAAGAAUUUAUUCCAGAGAGAUGGCUUCGAAGUGAAGAUUCUAAAUAUGCUAUAAUGCAUCCGUUUUUGUUCAUGCCAUUCAGUCAUGGACCAAGAAGUUGUGUGGGAAAGAGAAUUGUCGAAAUGGAGUUGGAAAUAACGGUUGCAAGACUUGUCAGGAAUUUCUAUAUAGAGUUCAACUAUUCUACAGAGAAUGCUUUUAAGAAUCGAUUGAUAAAUGUUCCUGCAAUACCACUUAAGUUUAAAUUCAGCGAAGUUGAGCAAAAGUUUAAGUGAAGAGUAUUUUUCAGUACAAUGUUUUGUUUCAUUUUAAUAUCUAUUCUGUAAAAUCUAUACAUUUUUAAAACAAAUUAUUUUAAUUUGGUAAAUAAAAUCUCUUAAGAGAAAAAAUAAAAGGGAACAUAAAUUAACAUAUUGAAAACUGUACGUAGAUGUACUCAAAAGAGUCCUUAGAAAACAAUUCAAUUUUUUACUAGACCCCCAUUUUUUAAUUCAAUGAAAAUACAAAUUAUUUCAAAUAAAACUUUUUGUUUUUUUUUUCUUUAAAUAUAAUUAAAAACAAAGUUUUUCUGCAUUAUCUAUUCAACUAUCAAGUGCAGGUGUAUUUACAUGUAUUCAAAAUAUUUGAAUAACAUCAAGUGUUAUUUAUUGAUAAGCUGAUAUUAUUUAUCAUAUUCUGAUACCAAUCGAACAAAUGUAUGAUGAAAUAUUCAGUAAAAUAUAAUUGUUAUUGAGGUACCUACCAUUAAGUUAGCCCAUGAUGAUAAACGCUAUCAAAAUUAUGCACAACUGAGUAACACGUACUUGCUCUUAUAGAAAAGGUUGCUUAGAAUGUUACAGUUUUUUAUGGCAUU